AUGUCCUCCUCCAACGACCUUCGCUCCCAAGCCGAAAAUAUCUUCAACCUAUGCAAACAAACCUACCCCGAUUCCCUAAUCCUCAAACUCGCCCAACUUCUCCACACUUCCCCGAACCCUGAAACCCGCACCAUUUCCACAAUCCUCCUCCGCCGCCACCUCACGCGCCACCACGACGACUCCUUCAUCUACCCACACCUAACCGCCUCCACUCAAUCCACUCUCCGUUCCCUCCUCCUCUCCUCUCUCCAUCAAGAGCCUGUCAAAUCCAUUGCUAAGAAGCUAUGCGACACGGUUUCUGAACUUGCUUCUGCACUUCUCUCCGAAGACCUUGCUUCGUGGCCUGACCUACUCCCGCUUCUCUUCCAGUUGUUUACUUCACCUGACGCUAGGCUUCAGGAGAUUUCGCUACUUGUGUUUGCUCAAUUGGCUCAUUACAUAGGUGAAACCCUAAUUCCUCAAUUGUCUACUAUUCACUCUGUUUUCCUCCGCAGCCUUAGCGCUGCUACAUCGUCAUCAGAUGUCCGCAUCGCUGCUCUUGCUGCCAGCAUCAAUUUUGUUCAGUGUCUCUCCAAUCCCUCUAACCGUGACAGGAUUGAAGAAGCUGAAGCACAGUGUGCUUUGUUGAACUCUGAAUCAUUAUGCGAGAUGGUGGAUAUGUUGUAUGUUAUAAGAUGGCAGAGAUUGAAAAUAAACUUGGAUUGGGACGGGAUUCAUUGUGACUAUCAUCAAGGAGUCCACGAUUCGAACUUCAAACCCUUCAAAUUGGUUUUUACGACCAAGAUAUGCAAUGGAACCGAAGCCGACGAAGAGGAGGCUUUUUCCGGUUUUCUAUUUGGCACGAGAUCGGCUUCAGGUGAUUACGGGCAAAGCUUUUGCAGGUCACAGUUUGUGAAGGUGGAUGUAGCAGAGGAUGGAAGACUAACUGAAGGGCUUCCGAGAGUUACCGAUGAUGAUGGGGAUGGUAUCUCAUUGCCAUGA